AUGGCCAAGAAGCUUGAACUCGCCACAAAGCAUGGCGCUCGGGCGGUCAUUUUCUACCAGGAUACUCCUGAGGGCAUUUCCACCGGCGAUGCAGUCAAUUCGGCACGGGACAUCGGAAAGGUUGUGCCAGCCGGCAUCACGACUAGGGAAAAUGGCCUCAAGUGGAUCGAGUCGCUCAAAAGGAACCGAACGGUCCACAACAUUAUCGCUGAGACCAAGCAAGGUGAUCCCAACAAGGUCAUCAUGGUUGGAGCGCACCUGGACUCCUUCCCGGGUGGUCCCGGCCUGGAUGAUAAUGCUUCUGGCUCAGCUGCAGUGCUACAGGUCUUGCAGUGUUUUGCCCAACACCAGAAUAUCACAAACAAGGUGCGAUUUGCAUGGUGGGGGGCUGGAAAGGCUGGCCAAGCCGGCUCUCGUCACUACGUAUCCAAGCUUAGCGACGAGGAAGCGAGGAAAAUCGCAUUCUACUUCAACUUCGAUCAGAUGGGAACCCCCCACCCGAAUUAUACAGUCCAUGCGAACAACGACGCCGACCUUUACGGCGCGACUGUGCUCUUCGAGCAGCUGCAGAAGCAGGGAGUUGUUCCUCAAGUGUCCAACUUCACCACCGAGUCCGACCACAUCGGCUUCGUCGAGCGCGGCAUACCCACCUGCGGGAUAUCUACGGGCAACACUGCAGGUCGUGACGAUUUGCCGCUCCACGUUUCGGACAACUGGGGAAAUGUCGAACGGAGAACGCUCAAGCGAUCCAUCAGAGCGGCAGCGGUAGCUGUGGCCCAGUUGGUGUUGAGCAAGGGCCCCAUCCCCCGACCUGACGCAUUUCACUUGAACACAACCCGCAUUAGCAAGUAUAGGUAG